GUUAUGAGUUCCUAGCGUUGAGGGCAAGAGCGAUACAGGGUCUACCUGUCUAUACAGACAGACAUACUAGUGACCCGUAUAUACCUUGCGAGAUAUAACAUAUGUUGUCUCAGCUCCCGGGAGUCUUAGUAUCGCGAUGCGUGUUCCUCAGAUACUCGUGAAGCCGCUAGAUAAGAAGUGUAACGCAGUGGCUUGGCCUAAAUAUAUUCAGACUGGCCUCAUCUAUCAUGCUGUCUGAGCAUGUUAGUAAAUUCACAUCUCCAGAAUAUCAGUAUAACAAUGUUCAGCACAGCAUAAAAACACAGCAAUGACAGUGAUUACCUCCAUUGCAUUUCAUAAUAAUCUACAACCACACGAAGAGACCAGCCUUGGGGUGAAUUGGUAUCAAAGUCCAAAGUCCGGUUCCUUCUUCAUCUACACGUGUCAACAUGCUGUUUGUGCGCCAGAACAGCCCCCCAAUUCCAAGUCCAAGCAGAACGAAUUGGGGGAACAAAACAAAAAAAAAUCCCGUGUAUCUCCAGCUAUGCUCUCUCUCUCUGUCUCCUAUCAACACUCGGCUCAGCCAUCUUCUCCCCAUACACUUCCUCAACAUCGCAGCCCACUUCUCAAUAUGACCCGCUCGUGUGCCAAAUCCAAAAAAGAACGCGCGCCAAACCGAAGGAAUGGAUGCCAUAUACAGGCUAAUUACACUUCCAAUCGACUUUUUGUGUUGUGUGUGUGUGUGGGUGAUAAGAGGUAUACGCUUGAAAAGAAAACGACAGAACAGUAGCCUGGAGAUGUACAGUGCCGUGGAAAAUAUAUAAUCAAUUCGAUUCGAUUCAUUCCCGAGGUAAACGCCAGAAAACGCCGCCCGAUGGUUGAAGCGCAAAAUCCAAAUGUAGUGAUGGGCGCUGAAU